UCUUUAAAGUUUUUACAACAGGUAAAGGGUCCCACCCAUAACCAAGCUAGCAUUCUCCUCAGGCAUGACACUUAGCUCUCUAAAAUUGGGUGAUUUUGUCUCUGAUCACAGAUGCUUUAUGUUUAAUACUAUUUUACAUCCAACUUGUUAUUUUGAUAGCAGGCAUUCGCCCUGUGUCCAGACCAGCUGCCAAACAGAAAAUGUUGAUUGUAACUCUUAAUUUAGUCAAAACUAAUUGGUGAUCAAUAGAUAAGUCUGCAGGAGUGAGCAGUGAGGAUGGAGGUUUUACUGACAAGCUGGGAAAAGAAGAAAAUAGAAACAUUUCAGCUGCUUAGAUGAAGUGGCAAUAUCACAGCAUACAGUAUGGACUCUCAUCUAAAUAUAUUAUAAUCUAUUGGAGCAGUAGGACUAUUUGAAUCUCUGAAGUAGAUGUGUGACAAGAAAGUUGGCUGUUACAGCUACAUAAGUAUAUGGAUCCCAGAUACAGCUGCUACAGAUUCUGCAGUCAUAUUUUCAAAUCAAUCAAAAUCACAAAGUAUCAUUAAAGAGUAGAGCAGAGAGGAAAAAACCAAGAAUACAUUUAUAUUAUCUUGAAGAAAGUGGGUAGAGGAACAGGUAAGAGGAAAUAUUAAAAUAGUGGAACAACAGGCCACGGUGAUCUACUACACUUUGUAACAAUCCUUGACCCCCAAUGCUCAAAAACAGGCUUGUAGAUAUGCAAUUUGAAGUCAGUCCAAAAAGGCAAACAAAUCCAACAGGACAAGUCACGUAGGCAGGCCAGAGGUGGUCUAAAAGCAGGUACAGACUACAGGCAGAAUUCGUAGAGCAGAAACCUUAGAAACUGUGUAUUGGAUCAGGAUCAGGCUGGAGUAAGACUGGGAGACUACAAAAGGGCAUCUGGUAGACAGAUGAGAAAUGGCAAGUAUUGUAAAAUAUAGAAAUGCAGAGGCUGGGGCAGUGAGGGGCACUGAGGUUGAAAGAGGAAGAAAGAGAGACAGUAUCACUUGGAUGCAUUCAUUAACCUGUUGUUUGCAUUCCAAAGUCGUUUUGAGGUCUUAUAAUUGCUCUCUGCCAGUAAAUGGAGAAGGACAACUGUUUUGCAGAGCAUUUUGCAACAGCCUGCCAUAAGUGAGGCUGUUAAAGCUAGAGUUAUGUAUGUGCAGCACACUCUCAGAUACAUUGGACUAAGAAAAAAAAUACAGGGUAAGGAAAAAAAAAUUAUAAGUCCUCCUCUGCUCUUCCAAAUGAGAAGGAGGACUCCUCCUUCAGCUAACAUACCCUCCCCCUUUUCUGACCCUCAUCUCCUCUAAUCAUUUUCAUACAGUCCCUUAGUCUGGAGAAGACUGAUGGAAAAGAUGCAUGUGAAGAAUGACAUUAUCUGGCUCACCUACACGGUGGCUGUUGCCAUCUCUGCAUCUUCGGCUUUCAACAUUGAUACGGCAACAUCCCACGUCUCCACUAUGGCACAAACAGAUUUCUCUAGAAAAAAAGUACUUGAAUUCAUACACGGCAAGAACGAUGGGAUACUCACUGCACCGCAGCAGAUAAAUGGAUCUGAAGAAACAUGCAAAUCUGAUCUAAAUCAAACCCACCAGUGCCUCAUUAUUCCAGAAAUUUCUCUCACAGACCCAACAAUACCUGUCAAGCACUUUAGACUGUCGAUAGCUGCAGACUCCACAGGCUCCGAAUUCACUGUUUGCGGUCCCAAUGUAGUCCAUGUAUGUCAUGAGAACUCCUAUGUGAACAAAGUGUGUUACAAGAUGUCCGAUCAUCAUCAAAAAAUCUCCUCUUUCACACCUGCUCUCCAAGAAAGCACAAAAGACACAGUGGACCUCGUCUUUCUUUUUGAUGGAUCAGGGAGUAUGACUGGAAACGAGUUUGCAAAAAAUAAAGAUUUCAUAGUGGACAUAAUAAACAGCCUUAAGAACACGUCGAUCAAGUUUGCAGCAGUUCAGUUCUCAUCAGAUUACAGGAAGGUCUUUGACUUCAAUGACUAUGAAGCUGGUACCGCUCUUGAUAAACUUCAGAGAGAACCCCACAUGAAGACUCUCACCAACACACACAAAGCCCUCAAAUUUGUGUUGGAAGACAUCUUGGAAAACCGACAUGCAGGCGCCUCUUCUGGUGCAACCAAAGUUCUGGUACUAAUCACAGAUGGAGAUCCCAGUGACAGCGACAGAUUUGGGAUUAUUAAACGAUAUGAUGCUAAAAACAUCAUUCGCUUUGUCAUUGGGGUCAAAGCUGCCAGGUUGGAUACAUUUGAGGACAUUGCUUCAGAACCAACAGACCAAUAUACCUUCCAAAUCGAGAACUAUGACGGACUCACAGGAAUACUGGAAAACUUUCAAGUAAAGAUCUUUACAAUAGAAGGCUCCAGUGGGGCUCGGGUAGGAGACAUAUCUGGAGAAAUGUCUCAGAGUGGAUUCAGUGCUGUCUUCUAUGACGAUACCCUGGUCCUGGGGUCAGUGGGAUCAAACAACUGGCGGGGCUCCCUCCAAGAGCUCCGUGGACAAACAGAAACACAAAUUGAAGACCCACACAUGCAGAAUGCCUCUUACAUGGGAUACUCUAUUGCUGUCGGACAGAAGAAUAACGCUCCUCUAUACUUCACGGGUGCACCGAGAUUUGAGCACACAGGACAGGUUGUACUUUUCACACACAAUGGCAACAACUGGAUCCCAGCUCAGAGACUAAACGGAGACCAGAUUGGUUCCUACUUUGGUGCAGAGCUGUGCUCAGUAGAUAUCAACUCAGAUAGUACCACUGACUUCCUGCUGGUGGGAGCUCCACUGUUUUACCAGCCUCAGGAGAAGAGAGAAGGCCAGAUCUACGUCUACUCACUGACUGAUGAGAUGCAACUGAAACGUGAACUGAAUGUAACAGUGGCAUCCAUGGGUAGAUUUGGCACCACCAUAUCCAGCCUUGCAGAUCUGAAUGGAGAUGGACUCCGAGAUGUUGCUGUUGGAGCUCCCCUUGAGGAUGAAAACAAGGGGGCUGUGUACAUCUACCUUGGUGACCGACGCACAGGGAUACGCAGCACUUUCAGCCAGAGAAUCAUGGGAGAAAAAAUUAAUCCUGGGCUGAGAUACUUUGGACAGGUCAUUGAUGGGGACAUUGACCUGGGAGAGGACGGACUACCACGUAUUGUAAUUGGAUCAAAGUGCACUGCUGUUGUCUUGAGGUCCAGGCCUGUAUUUAAUGUCACGGCACGUCUGUCUUUUCAACCUGAGGAAAUAAGCACUGAGAAAAUUGACUGCCCAGGCAACACAGAUGAAAGUUUACCCAUGGUUAACUUGACAACCUGCUUUGAAAUGGAUGAAACAACAAACAGUAAACCAGGGACAGUGAACUCAGGACUGAACAUCUCAUACACUAUUGAUGUGGAUCCAAUGAGACAAACGCAUCGUGGUUUCUUCAGUCCAACUGAUAGGAAAGCUAGGAAUCUCACGUCCACCUACGAGCUGAGAGAUAAAGAAACCUGCUUCAGCUACCCCAUCCACAUGCCAAUCUGUGUGGAAGACACGUUAUCGCCCAUCAGCAUCAGCCUAGACUUCUUCCAAGUCGACAGCGAGGACGCGGGUGCCGUCCUGAGCGUGGACGCCAGAAGGCGGGCUGCUGUUGAGAUUCCCUUUAAAAGGCAUUUUUGAGGAGAUGACACCUGUAUUGAUGAACUUCAGCAAGAGAGUAGCAUGCUGGGAAAAACAUGCAAAAGGUCAAAAAUUGAAAACUGAUAAAACCGUAAUUGUUUAAAAUUGAAGCAGAAAUGAUGAGAAUAUUGCUGUUCCUCCACACUGAUGUGGGUAACUGCUGCUUUCCUACAUAUACAGUACAGUUACACUACACCAGCUACUCAAAUUUAAGGUCAGUAUCAAUGCUUGUUAUAUAACCCACUCCACACCAUGCCAACUGCACCCUCUUCUCUCUCCUCUGCUUAUUACAAGACUAUUGCACAUAUUAUUGCUGUCGAGAAAUCAUUGCAAUCAAGGAAAAUCAGCCUGUACCCCAAACAUACACACAGCAGCAUGCAACGUUUGUGGUGCAGUGUUGAUGAAAUGUACAUAUUUCUCAUUGUCCAACGUAAUUUCUGUACUACAAUCAUAGAAAACAUCAAAAGAAAAAAGCCCUUUAAAGCUGUGGCUACUGUCUUUAUUC